CUGUACUCCAUCAGAACUGGAGCUGUUAGCAAACAAACUGAAAUUCUCCUCAGGAAACAACGACUGGCAAAAGAAUGAAGCUGUCUUUAACCCUCCUGUUUCUCCAGCUGUGGGAGAACGUGGAACUCUCUUCGUCACAGAAUGCAUGUUCAAAGCUCCCUGAUGUUCCACAUGCUCAUGUGUCAGAAGAAACCAAAAAAGCUGAGUACCAAGAAGGAGACGUGAUACAUUUCACCUGUGAAUCUGGUUAUAUAUCAGACCACACUUCAAAAUAUGUCUGCACAGGGGCAGGCUGGCUAGCAGUCCGUCGGGGAAUGUGCUACUCAUGUUCAGUGCUCCCAGAUGUUCCUCACGCCCAUGUGACAGAUGAAACCAGAAAAGCCGAAUAUCAAGAAGGAGACGUGAUCCAUUUUACUUGUGAACCUGGUUAUACGUCAGAGCUGACCAUCAAAUAUGUAUGUGCGAGUGAGGGUUGGCUGGCAGUCAGCCAGGGACUAUGUUACUACCCUUGUCAAGUUGGCAAGAUGCAUCCUCGUCUCUUUGUAGCUGGAUUACCACCAACAAAUGAAAUAAUAAAAACUGGACAUAAAUUACAGUUUCAGUGCAGCAAUGACUUGACACUAAAUGGGUCUGAAGAAAUUGAGUGUUUACAAACUGGACAGUGGAGUGCCCCCUUCCCAACAUGCUCUGGAAUUAAAUGUAGAGUCCCCCUGAUUGAACAUGGUGUGGUGCUUGGAAGCGUCCAAGAGUACCAAGAAAAUCAAGUCCUGAAUUAUCGGUGUGAUCCUCGAUACAAGUGUGCUGAAGAAAGACAAUCAAGAUGCAUGAAAGUGGGAACAAAAGCAGAGUGGAGUCCUACACCUGCAUGUGAAAAAAUAAAAUGUGAAGUGAGACUGCCAGCACUUGAAGAAUUUGAACCUGCUUACAGAAGUGUGUUUUCCCCUGGUGACACACUCAGAGUUUUCUGUGGAGAGAAACACUGGAUUGUGGACCAUCAGACCACCUCAGCACAGACGACUUGCCAAAGUGAUGGAACGUGGAGUAUCAGGCCACUCUGCCAAGAGGUCAUAUGCAGGAAUGAACGAGACCCACGUGUGUACAGCUGGGGUGUCAAUUGGUACGAUCAGAAAAAACUGGGUGACUCUGUGUAUUACAGGUGUAGAUAUGGUUAUCAGAGUACAAGUAGAACCAAUCAGGCCACUUGCACCAGAGAUGGAUGGACACCAAAACCACUGUGUCAAGAAACUGCUGCCAAUAGAUGAGCUCUUCCUCUUCCUUACAUACCUGUCUACUGGCUGCACCCAGAGGGAACUGGGCCAUCGAUUUAACAUCCACCGAACAACAGACAGUAGAAUAAUUGUGACCUGGGCCAACUUUCUCUACGGCCUUUUGGGCUCCAUCUGUACCUGGAUGACUCCUACAGCUGUAAAGGCCAGUCUUCCACGUGACUUUCAUGGCACCUACAGUGACACGCAAGUAAUCCUCGACUGCACAGAGCUACGUUGUCAAACUCCCUCAUCACUGCUUCUUCAGAGUGAAGUUUUCUCCAAUUACAAGUCCCACUGCACCUUCAAGGCAAUGGUUGGAGUAUCCCCUCAUGGAGCCCUGACCUUUGUGUCCACCCUCUUUGAAGGUUCGAUGAGUGACAAGGAGGUUUUUCGGCAGUCAGGGAUUACAUCACUCCUAACACCUGACAUGGCAAUCAUGGUUGAUAAAGGCUUCUUGGUUGAUGACCUUGUACCUGGACGUGUUCAUCGCCCUGCCUUUCUCUCUCAGAGGACACAGAUGCUGGAGGUAGAUGUCUUGAAGACGCAGUCCAUUGCUCGUUUAAGAGUGCAUGUCGAGAGGAUGAUCCGAAGAGUUAGACAAAAUAAACUCUUCGAUACCACUAUCCCUCGCUCCAUCUCAGGGAGUAUCAACCAGCUCUUUACAGUUGCAUGUCUCCUCUCUAAUUAUCAAAAUGGACCUCUUGUCAAGAAAGGGAGGCAUGAAGUUUAAAAUUGUAGCCAUGUUUUCUUCAUGAAGAAUUUGACACGAAUGUGUAUUCCUUUCCUGUUGUAAAUUACAUUUUUGUACAAUUUAUUCUGUCAAAACGUAUGUGCUUAGCACUUCUUACAGUAUAUUCUAUGUUGAAUCUGUCCAAUUCUGUAAAAAGUAAUGUGUUUGACAGCAACACUAUAUAUAAAGAGAAUGUGAACAAA